GAAGCCGGAGGAACGGGCCAGUCAAACUGCGCCUGACAAGUGACGGGGAGCGCCGGGCCGGGCUGGGCAGCAGCAGCCGGGUGGGGUAGCUGGCGCGGGGUACCUGUUGACUUGGGAAGGGCCAGGAUAGCGAUCAAUGGAGGUGAAUUGAAAUCUGCAAGAGUCCUGCUUGCUCAAGGCCUGCAUACAGGAAAGAAGCAGGGGGAAAGCGUUACAGCUUUUGUUCUACAGCAUUUUAAAAUAUAACAGGUACAUUGAAAAGUUUGAUUCAGUUACAAUCAGUGUAUAGAAUCACAAGAAGAUCCAUAAGAAACAAGGCGCUGGAUUUCUCCGUUGUGUUCGUCUUCUUUCUAGUGCCAUCAACCACCUCAAAGACACUGGUUUAAUAUUGAAUUUAUCAAAUAUUUAUUGAGCACCUACCUGAUGCAAUGUUCUACCAGGUUGGAGUGGAAAAUACAAAGACUACGAUAUGGUCUUCUCCUUUUAUCAAUUCACAAAUCAGAGGUUGGAUUUAUGCAAACUUGGGCCAAAGGACAGUUAGAAGACAAGAUCUCCUGGAAGCCAGGAUCCUUUAAAAAUCCUGGAAUAGGGAGGAGCCAAGAUGGCCGAAUAGGAAGAGCUCUGUCCUACAGCUCCCAGCGUAAGCGACACAGAAGACGGGUGAUUUCUGCAUUUCCAUCUGAGGUUCUGGAGGAGGUCAAUGAAGUUCUGCUUGACCUCUAUGUCCAGGGAGUCCUUCAUCUCUGCCAGGUGCUUCAUGGACUCACCGGCAUCGAGCAGUGCAUCACUGAAGUUGGACUCGUUGCCCAGCUCCUCCUGGUGGCAGAUCAGGCACUCACUCAGGAGCCCCUCCGAAUGCGGGUAGCCGGGGUUCUUCACCUGGCCCCGGAUCUUGCACACCGUGUUGAGCAUGGUCAGCUUAGCCUGCGAGGCUGGGUUGGGCUGCAGGUACUUGAUGGUCCUUGCCAGCAUUUCCAUCACCGCCUUGCUGAUGACAUCUCCAUCUCUUUGAAGUUAUCGUCCAACUUGGUCCCGUCAGCCCCUCCGACCUUCUCACUGACCAGCUGGCUCGCCUUGUAGAACUGCUUCUUCAGCCCUGCAACCAACAUGCUGCCUCCCACCGCCGAACCUCCCGCCCGGACUCCACCAGCGACAGGCUCCCAGGUGCUGCGACCCUCUGCGCGCCUCAGAGGCCCCACCAUGUGCUUGCCAGCUCUGCACUUGCCCCGGCACCGCCUCGAGUUUAUGAAUCUUUAGUCUCCUUCAAUAUAGAUCUGUUCCCAGGAUUGUUUUAAAGUAUACUGACAAAACUUUGAGACUGUAAAUGACCUGAGAUAUACAUUAUCCUUACUUGAGAAUAGUAACUUUUCAAUACACAUUAAAGAUCAUUACACAUGAGCCAA